UAAUCCGCAGUGACGCACCCGCAGCCCACAAAUUUCAACGUUAACGACCACGUCCGAGUCCAAGUCACGCAUUUAGCUCAUGCCCUCACGUCGAUGUUUCCUAUCCCUAUGUCUUCUCUGCUUUGCUACCCUCGUUUCGUGCAUCACCCAUUCGUAUUUCAUGAUCAAAGAACCUCGAGAGAGCGCCCAGUGGUCGAACGAUGCCGUGAAUGUCCUCCAGUGGGAGAAGGGCGUAUGGGAUGGGGUGACGCAUUUUGAUAUCGAGAUGACGAGGCUGAGCGAGGAUGGGAUCACGUAUAUUGCGUAUAACGUACAAGCUUUCCCUUCCUCUGCCACCUCCCUGAAUAUUUACCUCGAGGACGUACCCACGGGGGACGACUAUUUCAUGCUGUUCAUAAAUUCAACACAUGGGGUUAUGCAUUGUCUGUCGGCAAAGUUCUCUAUUGUUAAUGCUACGGACGUGUCUUCAGCAUCAGCCUCUGCAUCGGUUACGCCGGAUUCGACGAUACCAACGGUGACGAUAAGUGGCUCGCCGGACCCGACGAAGGGGUUUGUGACGACGUUUGCAAGUAGGGCGAGUUCGGUUGUGUGGGGGGUGGACAGAGGGCAGGCGUGUGGUAGCAUGACGUUGGUGGUGGGAGUGGUGCUGGGUGCGACGAUGGUGCUGUGGUAGCUCCCCCUCAUAUACCAAUUUUCGACGACGGUAUCACCCGGUGUGUAUACCAUCACGGACAGGCAAUUAAUUCAGUCUUGCAUAAAGUUUGCCUUUUCGAACUCCCGUUAGAUGAAAAAAUUG